CAUCUUGUCCAGUGACUUCAUUAACAUCACGAUGACUGCUUCCUCACCUCCAUAACAUAAGCAUAACUCAGCCUGAGCAUGUCUGUCAAAAUAAUGUCAGGAAGCAUUCUCCAAGCAAAUGUUCAGUGCUUCAUGGAAAAUCAAUCACUUAUUUUCACCCUUUACCAUCAUGGCAAACCGACAACCCACCCAAAAACAGUUUUGCAAACAAUGUCCUAUUGAAAGUACAUAUAAUGGAUAUCUUAACCAUAUUCUGGAGAUGUUGCUAAAAGGCUAGUUGAGGGUAGCAGGUGGAGUGGCGCACCGGGCACCCCUCCCCUACUCUCCCCUCCCCUGAGCCUGUGAUGAGCGCCUGCUGAUCAGCAGUGACACAGCAUGCUGCACCAACAGCUGGCACACCUGACCCUGCAAAGCGCACAGUGUUAAGCACUGCAACAUGCAAAACCAGACAGAGCCUUCGAGCACUGGACACUAGCCACCCCGGGGAUACUUGAGUACACCUAUGCGACAGAUCGCCACAGAACGAAAAGCAAGACGAACGGAAAGGAAGAGGCAGCUCCAGCAACAUCCUUAGCCUCAGACGCCGAGCCAUGGGCCUGACUGCAGCCCCUGCAGAGCUGUCCCCUCUGGACAAGGACGUGUGGAGGAUGAGGAGGUGAGAGCAGCAGCAGCAGCAGUCUGGAUACAAGCAGCAGAGGGAGAGAGUGGAGCAGCAGCUGCAGACCAGAUUCUAAAGAUUUCAGAAUACCGUCUCAAUCCUCUCUGAUUCUACUUCAUCAUUCACUUCAUUAAUCAUCAUGAAUACAACAAACACUACUGCACUACUGGAGGAGCCCAGGCCAUGGUCCAGGACAGAGAAAUCCCUGCUGGUGGCUGUGCUCAGUGUUGAGAUGGUGCUAGGUAUUCUUGGAAACAGUUUGGUUCUCAUUGUCAAAAUUGUGUGUAAAUAUCAUUUCCAGUGCAUCUACUGGCUUCCCCUGGUCAGUCUCACUCUCUCUGACCUCAGCUGCUCUGUUUUGAUCAUCUCUAGCUCGUUGCUGGCCACUCUCACGGGGGGCCAGAGGUCUCCAUGGUGUGAGGUGGUCAGUUUGUUCAAGUUCACCUUCAUGACUUCAUCCAUUGGAAGUAUCGCCAUCCUCUGUGUCCAAAGGUUCAUGGGCAUACGCUCAACAGGAAGUUGUUGGUCUGUCGUCAUGGUACUAGCAUGUUUCACCUCUUGGCUGUUUGGUGUGGUGUUCGGGAUUGUGCCAGUAAUAUAUGGCUGGAUUAAGUAUGAUUCUGCUGAGAUGGUGUGUGCAGUCUUUUGGGAGAGCGUUUACUCUGACAUGCUUGUCUACAUCCUCUGUGCAUUCUCUAUCUGCGUCUUCCCCCCCUUUCUGCUGAUGUUGAUAUGCUCUCUCCUGUCUGCAGCUGGUUAUGGGGAAAAAGGCAACAACCGUGAUGAUCUCUCUUCUGUGGCACCUCUACUGGUUGUUUUUUACCUGCUAUGCUACACUCCAUUUGCUGUCUCCGAGUUGAUACUGCUUGGAAGAUUGGACAUGUCCCCCUCACCUGAAUGGCUGCGGACGGUAUCAUCUGUGCUGGCUUACAUGGAUUGUGGUUUGAAUCCCAUUCUUUACUGUAUCAAUCAAGACUUUCGGCAGGCGCUGCUUGCUCUGCUGUGGACUAGUCGGAGGUUGAGACUGUCUGAGCCUGAGCUGACAAGAAUUACCAAACUAGACAUGUGAUUGUUACAAACACACUGCUGUAGGCUAUGUAGGCCUGCAAUUAGAUUGUGUCAAAAAUUCAACAAGGAGAGAUAAUAACAACUUUGUCUGAAAAUAUUCUUUUAAUGGCUUGUCCAAAAUAAAUGAACUAACAAAC